AUGAUAAACGUCGUGGCGGGUUGCUUGGCGCAGCGCCGGAGCUCUUUAGGCAUCGCUUUCUUCAGUCUUGGGAUCUACAUCCAGUCACAUGAAGUCUCCAAUCCUGAUGUGCCUAAGGCAUGGAAUACAGUUCUGCAAUCUCUCAGUGAACUAGAAUUCUGUCUGCCUGAAAAUGAAAGCCUGUGGCAGACUAGCACACAACCUCUAUCUUUUGGACGGGGUUCUGUAAGGAGACGACCAGACCCGGAUCCUUUAGUCCAUACAACAACAAGGCAACCCGUAACCACGAUUGCUUUUACCCGAGACUUACCAGAGAGUGUCUCUGUACUACUGCCAAUCACCUUUGAUUCAAAUGAACCAUUAAAAAGAUCUUCUAGUGACAUAACUCGUCUCCAUGCUGUGGUAGAUGGAAAACUGCUGGGCCUGGAAGAUUCUAAAGCAAAGGAGGUUAUUAAUAUCAUGCUGGUGUCGCCAUGGCCACCUGAACAUAACCUUUCGCAAAUAAACUCCUCAAAUAAUAUGAAUCCCCUUACAUGCAUCACAAUGUCUGCGCCUGCACAUGUACUUCCCCAGGCAAGAUACCUUCCCUCCUGUAACUUAGAAAAUAUCACUGAUACAUUAUUGUAUCAAAAUACACUAGCAAAAAUUUCAGAGAAGACGCCUUCACAAAGUCACACUCCUGCUCAGUGCUACAAAGUACAGGACAAACCUGAACGUAAAUUUCUCAUUUUGCUAUCAAAGGAAGACCGUAUUCUUUGCAGUCAGCACUUACUGAGGUCCAGUUUCAUUUUGCUUCUGCUGGCUCUUGUAAUCUUCUGUUUAUGUGUAGCAUGUGGCCUGAGAAAGAAAAAGAGGCACAAAAUAAUGAACCUACGCAAGGCUCAUCUUCUAGAAAUGUGAUGUAGUCCAACUUCUCAUUUGUUGAGAGUAAAAAUGUAUGGAUUACUUUGGAAGAUGGGAAUAUCUCUAACUGAAUACCGUUGCAAGUUUUCCAAAAGGAAGUUACCAAAGGACCACAUUAAAUUUGUGCUGUUCUCCUUAAAACAAUUUUUUGAAACCAAUAGGAUUUGCCUUUAGUACAAUUUAAUUAGUUGUGAUUGUGCUGGCUGUAAUACUACAUUAAACGUUUGAAUUGUGUACAAUCUACCUAAUCCCCUCUCCUUUUUCCCACAAUUCAAAAGUAUCUUAAAAUUUUAAAAUUUUGAUUAAACUAGAUUGUAAUAACUUAUUUAUAAAAUGUUUUGAAAACUGAGAUUCUGCUACUUUGUUUUUACAUUUCAUUAAAUAUUUACCAUAAUUACAAUGAUUGUUAAUUUGUUAAUAUGCCCUAUAUGUUUUGAAUGUUGUUAAGCCAUUGUCAUGAAGAAACACAAGUGUUUAAUGUCUUGAUGGUGUGUUUUGUAAAUUCUGUUCAACGUUUCAGAUGGGAUUAUUAUCCACAUUGUGUGCAUGCCAUGUGUGUGAAGAUUUGUAGCCUCUUUGUCUCCAUGUUGCACGUCUUGUGAAUUUCCUAGUGUCCUUUCAGAAUUGUCAUGGUCUUGGACAGGAAACUGUGAAGGUGUUUAAAAAAAUUGCAUGUAUGUCCUAAUGGUCAAAUACAUCCCAAUGUAUUUGAAUGAGAUUUCUAAAAUGUGCAAAGACACAGCAGUUAACAACAAUGGCAUGUGCACACCAAAUUUAUCGAUACAGUAAGGAUCUUUUUAAAAGCAAAAUGCUUUUGUUUGUUUUGCUCUGACAUCAUCAAAUUUCAGGAUUUUUGUAAAGGUACCCAAUCAGUUUCAAACCACACUGAUUAUUUGAAGUUGGACUCUUUAAGCCACUGUUAAGACAUGGUGCGACCCUUUCUUCUUGUAACAAAUUUGUGGUGGUCGUUCUGUAUUUUUAUGUUUGUAUUUGUGUGAACUGAUAAAAGAAAUUUCAGACAAUUGCUAA